GGGGGCUCAGGAUCCUGCAGUACGGGCAGAUGUCCAUGUCUUCUGAAGCCACGGAGGGAGACCAGAGAGUCACUAAAGCUCACGUGGAGGCAGGAGGAGACCACGGGCUCCUCAACCUCCUGACCGACGACACCGUCUUCUACGUGGGAGGAUUCCCCAGCACUUUCAAACCCCCGCCCCAGCUCGCUCUGCCCAGCUUUAAGGGCUGCAUCGAGCUGGACACGCUGAACGAGGAGGUGCUCAGUCUGUACAACUUCGAAAACAUCUUCAACCUCAACACCACCGAGGAGAAGCCGUGUGGCAGGCCGAAGCCGGUGCUGACUCAGGCGUGGGUGAAUGACGCGGCGUUCUUCGACGGUACCGGCUUCUCUGAGAUCACCUUCACUGACGAAACCACUCGCAUGCAGCGCUUCGAACAGGAAGUGAAACUGCUCUCACAGCGAGGGAUCCUGCUGCUGCUGCAGAACAAGAAUCAGUACCUGUGUCUGGCCGUGCUGAACGGACAACUGAAGGUUUUCUACGACUUCAGCGAUAAACUGGUGGAACUUGAGCCUAAAGAGCCGGAAUCAGAUUCCCUGAUGGUCAGCAACGCCAAACCCAAUGUGCUGGAGAUUAUCAUCAUGCGAGCGACCACGAACCGCAUCGUGGUGAGGAACAACCGCAUCAGCCUCUACACCCACCAGUUCACCGAGAGCAUCCCUCCCUUCAGCGGCAGCUAUUACCUGGGAGGAGUUCCACACGACAAGAUCCCCGACAAGCUGAAGACGUGGUUUCCUAAGCAGGGAUCUCUGAAGGGCUGCUUCAGGAACGUAAAGGCCCAGAACUCUCACGUCGACCUGAAGAGGAUGAAGAGCUCCGGAGUCAGUUUCGGAUGUGACAGUGAUCUGCUGGUGGCUCGUGAAGCUCAUUUCUCUGGUCAGAGCUACUUGGAUUUGUCUCUGACCAACGUCCCGAGCCUCAGGGACAACUUCUACGCCAGCUUCAGCUUCAGAACCGACAAGAAGGAAGGACUCAUGUUCUACCACCAAGAUAAGGACGGCGUGUGUCAAGUGUUUCUGAACGAGGGACAAGUGGUGGUGAGAGCUGGCAACAGUGAGAUUAGGACACAGAAGACGUACAAUGACGCCAACAGCCACUACGUCGCUAUCUACAACAACAUCAACGGGAUGCGUCUGUACAUGGACGACAUGCUGGAGAAAGCCAAGGAGGGAAUCCGUAUAGACACCAGGGGGCGUACAGCGCCGACAUCAGAGGGCAGCACCUUCCUGGGAGGAAUGCCCGACCAUACCCACAGCAACCUCACCGGGUGUAUCAGCAACGUUUUCAUCAAGAGGGAAACGAGUCCUCAGGCCGUUCAGAACCUGCUGAAGGUGAAAGAGAACGUCAACGUCCCUCUGAGUUGUCCCGCUGCCGCCAAACCUCAGCAGAUCGUCGCUGCGCAGCCGAAGCACAACAAACCCAAGGGGAAGCACAAGAAGCCGACGGGGUCUCGCAGCCGUAACAUCAGGGAGUCGUGCCAGGGGGCGCCGUCGGACCAAGAGAGCGGAGCCACGCACUUCAGCGGCUCCACCCACACCCACCAGAGAUAUGACGCUCUGCCCAGGUCGCUCAGCUCCACGCCUCACAUCUCCAUGUCUCUGAGGAUCAACUCCUCCGAUGGUUUGGUGCUUCACGCCGCUGGCGGGCAGCGCGGCGGCGCCGGCAUGUCCCUCAGCGUGUCAGGCGGACACCUGCUGCUGCUGCUGGACGGAGGGAAGAGGAAGGUCAGCCUGCGCAGCCGCAAGAAGUACGACGACGACCGGUGGCACACGGUGUUCGUGAAGCGCGAGGGAGAGAAGAUCAGUCUGAUCGUGGACGGGAUCAGCGCUCAGUCCAAGAGAAUUCCUGGAGGAGACAGAACCCGUCUCACUGGGCCGCUGUAUGUGGGAGGAGCUCCGCCCUCACUGACGGCUCCAGGCUCUGGAGGUUUCAUCGGUUGUGUCAAGGACCUGACGCUGAACGAGGCCCCUGCGGGAAACCCCACUUUCAGUCAGGGGGCGGUGCCCUGCUUCCAAAACCCUCUGCAGCCCGGAGCGUAUUUCUCCGGAGAGGGAGGACACGUCGCUAUAGAUGAGUCCUUGGUUCUUGGUCGGGAUCUUGAGAUCCAGUUAGAAGUUCGACCCGUCUCGGACUCUGGGCUGCUGUUGCAUGCUGGGACGUCACCUGAUCAACACCUGAGUCUGGUCCUCAGUCAGGGAGAGGUGACCGUCUCAGUAAACAGUGGUAAAGGUGAAUUCUCCGCCUCCUUCACUCCUGAAGAGCCUCUAUGUAACGGACACUGGCACACGAUCACAGUGGUGAAGAAGAACAACGUCCUGCAGCUCCACGUGGACGCAGCCAGCGAGCACAGUGUCGGCCCCAAACAGAGCCGCUCUGCAGGGGCCAAGGAGACCGUUUACCUCGGAGGGGCCCCAGGAGGCGUCACUGUUCCCGGCCUGCCCGCCGGCCUGCCGUCCUUCCACGGCUGCAUCCGCUCAGCGAUGGUAAACCACAGACCUGCCAUGUUGUCCAAACCGCUGUCUGUGCACGGAGCCGUGGGCACACAGGGCUGCCCACACGUAUAAACCCAAGUCUUAUCUUCACAUUCCCCGACUGCAGAGUAAUGGUGGUGGGUGUCAUGUUACUGUAGCUAAUUUAAAAUAUAUAUUAAUAUUUAUUGUAUAUUGUCAGAAAAUAUAUAUUUUAUAAUUCCAUUUGUCGUCGCAUCAGAACUGGUUUGUGUUUGUGUUGCAGAGAUGCACUGACACAACUUCAAAUAUCAACUCUCGUCAAACAGUGAAAAAUACAUUUUAGCUCUGAACCUCUUCGGCUCCGAACUGUUUUCCUGAGUGUAACGGACGGUAUUGAAGUCCAGGAUGUUAGCGUGUGUGAGUUGUGCAUCUCCAGCAGAGAAUAUAAAGAAAACCUACUGAGUCUGUACACUGUGAACCUAUGAAGGGAACUGUUGCCUGGAACACUGACCUGAACACAACAUUUAGCACACUGGUGUAUUUUAUCUCCAUUAUCAGAGAAUCUGCCGUUUCACCGAGUUGAAUUUAAGACUUUUAAGACCAUAAAGAAUCUAAGAGAAAUGCAUCAGCUGAGACAGAUAUGAAGGAAAACCAGAGUCCCUCCAUUUCUUAGUAACUGAAGGUGAAGCAGCAGAGAACCUGGAAACAUCACGUCUCAGACUGCAGAGACAGUUUCUGUAUCACGGACAAGCUGAGUGUUUGAAGACGCUCAGUCCUUGUUGGUUUCAGCGUCUGUAUCACGGAGAUAUCUUUGCUUUUCAAGCCUCUGCAGAAACCCUGUGUACGACUGUAAAUAUCUCUGAGUCUUCUCACAAAUCAAACGUAUUCUAAGUUUUUUUUCUUGCUUUCUAAAUCUUGUGGUGGUUCUUGUAACUACCAGUUAAAUCAACGUCCCAGUGGCACAACUGUUCCAUCAGGCGUCUCCAGGCCAGAGGCAGCGUCCUUCUUCACCUUGUCUCUUCUGUCCUUCAUGUUAACAUGUACCAAAUGUGUGUAAGUUGUAUAACCACUUUUAAAAACAUCUCACAGAAAGAAUAAGCUGUCCCCGCCCCUCACACCCAGCCCCCAUGUGUUGUCAAUGCAUUUCUAAAUAAAGGGUUUUUUCAUACAAA